UUGAUGGAGAACGUCACCUUGAACAGUUUGACGCUCCAGCUGGAGGGUUUAAGGCUCACAGAAACAUCUGUCUACCCUGUCUUUCUGUUUUUCCUCUUCUCCUACCUGUUCAUUAUGACACUGAAUUUUGGGAUUGUGUUUCUGGUCUGUAGUGAUAAGAACCUCCAUCAACCCAUGUACUUAUUGUUCUGUAACCUUCCAGUUAAUGACAUCUUUGGGAACUCUAUUGUUUUGCCCCGUUUGCUGUCUGACCUGCUGAAGAAUCCCUCAGAGUUGCUCAUCAGCUACUAUGAGUGUGUCGUUCAGGCUUUCUCUACACAUUUGUUUGCCACCUCUUGCCACACGGUGCUGAUGAUCAUGGCCUUCGACAGGUACGUGGCCAUCUGUAACCCUCUGCGUUACUCGGCCAUCAUGACCAACAGGAUGGUGCUGAAGCUGACCGUCUCUGCCUGGGGGACGGCCUUUGUUCUGGUCGGGAUUCUGCUGGGUCUGACCAUACGGCUGAACCGCUGCAGGACCUUCAUCACUAACCCAUACUGUGACAACGCCUCAUUGUUCAAGCUGUCCUGUGAGAGUGUGGUGAUCAAUAACAUCUAUGGCCUGACCUUUACAGUGGUCCUGUUCACAGCCUCCAUAGGCAGCAUCGUCCUCACCUACACCAGGAUCACCGCCGUGUGUCUGACCAGUAAGAACCAGUCGUUGAACAGGAAGGCCUUGAAGACCUGCAGUACCCACCUGGUUGUGUAUCUGAUCAUGCUUUUCUGUGGCAUCUUGAUCAUCGCUUUGCAUCGAUUCCCUCAGUAUUCGGACCACAGGAAAAUGUCGGCCAUAUUGUUUCACAUCAUCCCUUGCAGCUUGAAUCCCAUCAUUUAUGGAGUUCAGUUCAAAGAAAUAAAUAGAUCCCUUUCUAAUUUUUUCAGGUCUAAAAAAGUUUUUUCUUCAUCCUGAAAAUAUAUUUUCAAAUUUUGUCUCAGAUAUUUAGGAUAAUGUAU